GUAAAGAUUUUGUAAUUGAAGCAUUAAGUUUUAAUAUACAAAAGUCUGUUCAGUAUUUCACCAUUCCACAAACAAUUCGUUGUAAGCCCAGGCAGUUUGGUGACUCACAAAAAGUUAUUUUAAUGUUCAACCGGCCUGAUACAUCGCCAAAGUGCUAUACAGAAUGGUAUGACCCAGCAACCAAACUACAUGAGAAAGCACCAGGAAUAAAUGAUUGUCGUCGGGUAGCUGGUCUAGGCGUAAUUAGAGAUCAAUUUGUGUUUGCUGUGGGAGGUGUGAAUAAUUCAUCUUCACAAUCUGUUAGUAUGCUUGAUGUUUCUUUACAAUUGCCAUCUUGGGUUCCAAUGGCCGACCUGGUAGUUAAACGAAAACAAUUAGGAGUUGGUGUAUUGGAUGAUUGUAUAUAUGCAGUUGGUGGAGGUGAAGUCGACAGUGAAUUAAGCAGUGUAGAGAUGUUUGAUGUCAGUAUUCAAAAAUGGAGAUUGGUAGCUAGUAUGUCUACUAAAAGAUGUGAUGUGGGUGUUGGUGUACUCAAUAAUCGUUUAUACGCAGUUGGGGGUUCUGACAAUGGUAAAACAUUGAAAUCUGUUGAAUAUUAUGAUCACACUCUUGACUCAUGGACACCAGUUGCAGAGAUGUCUGUAUACCGUCAAGGUGUUGGUGUAGGAGUCUUGGACGGUCUUAUGUAUGCUAUUGGUGGCUAUGGUGGAGGUGAGUAUCUUAAAAGUGUUGAGGUUUAUAGACCGAGUGAUGGAGUUUGGUCUUCUGUAGCUGAUAUGGAAAUAUGCCGAUAUCGCCCCGGAGUAGUGGCAUUAGAUGGUUUAUUGUAUGUGAUGGGCGGAGUUUCUGAUGGAUUUAUCUAUAGUGAUACU